AUGGCGGAGCCCGCGGCGGGGCCGGCGGCCGAGUCGGCGCCGCUCCUGGGCCGCGCGCGCGGCGCCGGGGCCCGCGGCUCCUGGGAGGGCCCCCCCGGCCUCCGCGGCGGCCACGCCGGCCCCGGUGCUGCAGCCAGGCGGGCCCUGUACUUGGAGCAGGCUGUGGUCUUCAUCGAAGAUGCCAUCCAGUACCGCUCCAUCCAUCACCGCAUGGACGCCCGGUCGCUGUGGCUGUACCGCUGGUACUACUCCAGCGCCUGCCAGUGGAUCUUGAGCUUCACCAUCUUCUUGAUCCUGUCCCUGGCGUUCGUCGAGAUCCCUUCCUCGUUCACCAGCACCUCGGACGUCCGCUACCGCUCGGCCCCCUGGAGCCCGCCCUGCGGCCUGACGGAGGGCGUGGAGGGGCUCUGCCUGCUGAUCUUCGUGGUCGACGUCUCUGUGAAGAGCUACCUGGUCGGGUGGGACCAGUUCCGGCAGAACCCCUGGCUGCUGGCCUACCUGCUGGUGCUGGCCGUGUCUCUGCUUGAUUGGGCCGUGUCGCUGAGUCUCCUGUGUCAGGAGCCGCUGCGGCUCCGCCGGCCCCUGCGGCCCUUCUUCCUGAUGCAGAACUCCUCCAUGAUGAAGAAGACGCUCAAGUGUAUCCGCUGGUCGCUGCCGGAGAUGGCAAGCGUCCUGCUGCUGCUGGCGCUCCACCUGAGCCUCUUCACCAUGUUCGGGAUGCUGCUCUUCACCGGCAAGAAGCAGGACACCGGGCAGGACAGGGAGAGGCUGGCCUACUUCCGCAGCCUGCCGGACGCCCUGACGUCCCUCCUGGUGCUGCUGACCACGGCCAACAACCCUGACGUGAUGAUCCCGGCGUACUCCUGGAACCGCGCCUACGCGGUCUUCUUCAUCGUCUUCACCCUGGUUGGAAGCUUGUUUCUGAUGAACCUGCUGACGGCCAUCAUCUACAACCAGUUCCGGGGCUACCUGCUGAAAUCCCUGCAGACCUCUCUGAUCCGGAGGCGGCUGGGGACCCGGGCGGCCUUCCAGGUCCUGUCUGCGGCUGCUGAGGGAGUGGCCCCCGCCCAGGGAGUUGGGGUUAAGCCCCAGGAGUUCCUGCAGGUGCUUCAGAAAGUCCAGCUGGACAGCACCCGCAAACAGUCCAUCAUGGAGAAGGUUCGUUGCUGUGGUGAUGACCUGCUGUCCGCUGAGAAGUUUCAGGCUCUCUUUGACGAGUUUGACAAGAGGGUGAUUAAAGAGCACCCCCCGAGGCCCGAGUACCGGUCCCCAUUCCUGCGGACCGCCCAGUUCCUUUUCGGCCACCCCUACUUUGACUACCUGGGGAACCUCGUCGCCCUUGGCAACCUGGUGUCCAUUUGUGGCUUCCUGGUGAGGGACACGAUGGUGCCGCCUGCUGACCGCGACGACUUCGUCCUGGGGGUGCUCAGCUGCGGCUUCGUCCUGUAUUACCUGCUGGAGGCGCUGCUCAAGCUGCUCGCCCUGGGCCCGGGGGGCUACCUGUCCUACCCCAGCAACCUGUUCGACGGCCUCCUCGCCCUCAUCCUGCUGGUCCUGGAGGUCUCCACUCUGGCUGUGUACCGCUUCCCGCACCCCGGCUGGAAGCCGGGGGUGCAGGGCCUGCUGUCGCUGUGGGACGUGACCCGGCUGGCGAACAUGCUCGUCGUGUUCCGGUUCCUGCGCGUCAUCCCCAGCGUGAAGCUGAUGACCGUGGUGGCCAGCACCAUCCUGGACCUGAUCAGGAACAUGCGGGCGUUCGGUGGCGUCCUGGUGGUGGUGUACUACGUCUUCGCCAUCGUCGGUGUCGCCCUGUUCCGAGGCGCCAUUGUGGCUCCUGGCAACAGCAGCCUGGUCCCCAACGGCUCCGCGCCCUGCGGCAGCUACGAGCAGCUGGAGUACUGGUCCAACAACUUCGACGACUUCGCGGCCGCCCUGGUCACCCUGUGGAACGUGAUGGUGGUGAACAACUGGCAGGUCUUCCUGGACGCCUACCGGCGCUACUCGGGCCCGUGGUCGAAGCUCUACUUCGUGUCCUGGUGGCUGGUGUCGUCUGUUGUCUGGGUGAACCUGUUUCUGGCUCUCAUUCUGGAGAACUUCCUUCAUAAGUGGGACCGCCGUGGCCAGCUGCAGUCCGCCUCGGAGGACCCGGAGGCCACCUACGAGAUGACGGUGGAGCGGCUGUUCCGGGAUGUCCUGGAGGAGCCCACGGAGGAGGAGCUGCUGGAGAAGCUGAGCCGCCACCCGCACCUGGGGCUGUGCAGGUGACGGCGCCGGGCAGACCUGGUCGUGGGGGCCGGCGCUGUGGCCGCAGGACACUUUCCACCGAGCAGAACCACUUCGCCCGCCCGAGUCUGGGGACUGAGACCGGGACCUUGGCUGCGGAGCUGGACCCGCCAGCGGCCCACCCGUGCCGCCUGGCCUGGGUGCCCCGUCCUCAGUACUGCUUCAGUGGACUCUGCGCGCAGGGCAGGGCCUUCAGGACAGUCCAGAAAGCAGCGGCAUCCCUUGUGCCUUGCAGCGCCCAGUGCCUUCGCUGCUGGCGGCCUUCAGGGACCAGCGGCCACAGGGGGCCGCACGGGUCGGCCAACAGCUGGGGCUUCCCGCUGGGGGUCCCCAUGGCCUCACAUGGAGGCAGGCCCGUCCGUGUUUGUCUUGUGGCUUGUGCGAGUGGCUCACGGGGUGGGGGCCGGUCCUCCACGUAAGGCAAGGCAGUGGGGUCCUCGUCCUCCCGACUGCCUGUCCUCCGGGCCGGCCGCGGUCAUCUGGGUCGUGCGCUGCUCCGAGGCCCUGGCCGGGGUGCCGGUGUGGUGCUGGUGUGGUGCUGUCCAUCACGCGGGGCCGCCUUUCCUGACUUGCGUCAGGCUGGGGCGGGGCCCAGAGGGCAGCACCACAUGAGCCACCGUCUCUCUCAUUGACAGGCUUUCCCCAUCAGGUGCUGACUGGAAUGAACUAGCGCAGCCCCUGGAGUGUCGAGGAGGGUUAGGGUCUCCUGGGGUGCUGUGCUGACCGGCGACAGCGGCCGCGGGUGCUGAGGGUGGCCUGGGCACGGGGCUGGGUCCGCCGGAGGAAGUGAGUGUCCUUCCAGGGCCCCCCCACCUCGGCGUCCAGGGAAGUGUGGCUGACGUGUCCCGUGCACGUUUAUCUGAAGUCCUGGCAGGGACCUGACGUUCCUUAGACUUGGGGGGCUGUGAGGACACUCCACAGGCACAGACACUCCCUGUGCCCCCACAGGCUUCCCUCUGGAGGGCUGGUUUCAGGCGGGGCACCUGCUGGAGCCGUGUCUGGAAGUUACCUUGGCCGCUGUCCACACCGGCUGGGUUUCCACCCCCCGGGGGUGAGCGCCAUCUAGCGGGGCGUGGCUGCCGAGCCCCGUUUUUAUUACAGGUUAGACCCCGGGUAGCCCGUGGCUCUCCCCGGGUCUGAGGCCUGCGUCCUCUGCGUGUGGUCUGCCGGCUGGUCCGCCCUCAGUGAGCCCGGUUCCGUGGCUACUCCCAGGCCGACGUCUGUGCUGGCCUCCGGCCCGGUGGGCAUCUCGGCGGCCACGCUGAGGCUCCACCUGCCUGCCCUUCCUGCUCGUGGGCGGGGCAGCCCCGGGGUCGCGCUGUCCCCUGCGCUGGGCCCUUGCAGCCCCUGGCUGGGAGGAGCGUCUUCCUGUCUCCUCCGGCCGCCCCCCCCUCCCUCCGCUGGGAUGCCAGCUCCUCCGGUCUGGCUGUGACCAGAGGGCGGGGGCCUUACCACGAGGCGCCUGACUGGCCUCUGUCCCUGGACCUGGCGGUCCCGACACUCAGACCAGCUUCUGCAGACAGUGGCUCCCAGGCCAGGCUCAGCUCUCCCCUGGCGCGCUCCAGGCUCUGCGUCUUUGUAGCCUGUCCCGCGCCACUGCCCCGUCGCCCAGCUGCGGCGACUCAGCUGGGCUGCUCGGCCCUUCUGCCCUCUGGCCUGCUCCCCUCGCCUGGCCCCCACAGCCCCUGCCUGCCUGGCUCACAGUCCUCUCUGGCCAGCGGGCCCCUUUGUCUCACCUCGGUCCCCGCCAUCCGCCUACUGUCCCACGAGUGUCCCCAGCUCCCUGGCGCGAGGAGGUGAUGCUGGCUCGUGCUGGGUCUUCCCUGCCUGGCCCCAAGUGAACCAUUUGUCUGAGGACCCCCGUUCUGUCAUAGAAUCUAGGGUCUGAGCCGUUGCAGGGGCGGGGGUGCACCAAGGUGUAGGCAGAUGUCCAGUCCCGCCCCCAGAGCAAGCCCUGGCCACCUCGGGCUCGACUGAGCCCUCGUCUGGGCGCCUCCAGUCACCAGGAGCCUGAGUAGAAGACGUCUGGCCCGGGGACAGUGGGGCUUCCCUGCUCCUGGAAUAAAUGUGAUCCCACCCUUCUGGAAAAGAACUUGGUGUGACACCCCUUGCUGAGUGAUUCUGCAGGGUACCCUCUGGGGAGUGCCUGCUGGGUGUGCCUGGUGUCUGGGUGCUCAGAGCCCUGGUGGGAGGUGGGUGCAGCGUGACGCUGCAGAUGCCGCUGUACGGAGCGGCAGCCAUCUUUGGAAUAUUACACAGCAGUGAACACGACGCAAAGCAACCUGCCAAAGAAACCUGGGAACAGCAUUGAGUGACAAAGCGAGUCCCUGAGGACUCCCCACAGCGUGAUGCCAUUUACCUGAGAUUCAAAGGCAAAAUGAAACAGUGUUCUGUGUGGGCGUGCACGCAGGGCCGUGAGGUUGCUGAAAAAUAAACUCCAGGGGACUGUGAGCCUGGGUCCAGCGGGCGGGUCUGGGUGCGCGGGGACGGGACGAGACACCUCCCGGGGGUGUCAGAUGCGCUCGACGUCCUCUUGCGGGUGGGGCAGGGGUCGCCGUCCCCGCUGUCGACCUGCUCCAUGUCCGCAGAGGCUGCUCUUGUGCCUGGGUGUGCCGAGUAUGAGACGCGGUGAAGGAGGGUCC